AUGCCUGCCUCCGGACCGCCGGGGGAGGAGGACAGGCGCAGGGCGCUGGCCGGCGUGCAGGCUAUUUUUGACCGGUACAACCUCGUCAGGGCCCGCGUGGGCACGGCCUUUGACAACGCGACCAUGGAGAACUGCGAGGUGCUGGACGCAUCGGUCGGCCCCCCGUCGCGGCUGGUGGUGGGAGACGGGAGCAGCAGCAGCGCCAGGCCUACCCCGGACGCGGGCGUCAGGGCGUCGUGCACCACGCGGCUGCUCAUCGGCGCCGAGCUGGGCAACUACAACGGCGUGAUGCACGGCGGCGCCGCGGGGGUCAUCUUUGACAUGCUCACCACCAUCGCGCUGGGGCCGGUUGCGAGGCCUGGGUUCUGGUCGUUCCUGGGAGGCGUGACGCGCACGCUGAAUAUCAGCUACCUGAAGGCCGUGCCUAUUGGCACCACGGUCAUAGUACACGCGUACGUCUACCAGGUCGGCAGGCAGACGGCGUACAUCAAGGGCUGGAUGACGAGUGAGGACGGCAAGACCAUCUACGCUGUCUGCGACCAUCAUAAGAUCCAUGUGCCCACACCGGCUGAACACAUGAAGUUGAAGAUACCGUGGGACGAGCAGUGGGACGAGGAGGGCAAGGAGAAGAAGACGACGACGUCGAAACUAUGA